CCUCACCACUACCAACACACGUGAGCGUCUAUAUUUAAAACACACAGGGCUCGGACUUUUUGGUCGAAAUGUGCGGUGGAGUUUUCUAAGUAAUUUCCCCCGGGAUUUCUGCAAGAGACACGUGGAAAAGCAAUAUAAAUAAAGCACAUCUGGGUCGUCCAUCCUCCCACUGAGACGCCAUAAAUUUAUCAACUUUGAAUAGGAGGCAGAAAGGGGACAGCAAACAUGGAUCCGGAGGCAUUCUUAGAUAUGGCUAAUCAAGUCAUAAAAAUCAAGAUGUUCCCGUACUUUGACAUAGCACACAGUCUUCUAUGUGCUCUGUCUGUACGCGAGGAUCUUGGCUCCAAUGCACAGGCCUUCUCACGAAAACACCCGCUUGCACUGUGGCUCUCAACGAUGCUGGUGAUCUUUGCGGGUGGAAUGGUUGCCAAUGGACUUCUUGGUGAACCCAUUUUGGCUCCACUCAAAAAUACGCCGCAGCUUCUUGUGGGGACAAUUGUGUGGUACAUUGUCUUCUACACACCCUUCGACAUUGGCUACAAAGUGGGUAAAUUCCUACCCGUUAAAAUUAUUGCCAGUGCCAUGAAGGAGAUUUAUCGCGCCAAGAAGAUCCACGAUGGUGUCACGCAUGCUGCUAAGCUCUAUCCCAAUGCAUUUAUCAUCAUGAUUAUUAUUGGGACGCUCAAGGGCAAUGGUGCUGGCUUCACGAAACUCGUUGAGAGACUCAUCCGUGGUGCCUGGACACCAACUGCCAUGGAAUUCAUGCAACCAAGCUUCUAUACGAAAGCAUCUCUUGUGGCAUCAAUCAUUUUCGUUCUGGACAAGAAGACUGAUUUAAUUUCUGCACCACACGCCCUUGUCUACUUUGGCAUUGUCAUCUUCCUCGUUUACUUCAAACUCUCAUCAAUCCUCCUUGGUAUUCACGAUCCCUUCAUACCGUUCGAAAAUCUCUUCUGUGCCCUCUUCCUUGGUGGCAUUUGGGAUAGUUUGGCUAAAUUGCUGGGACGUGGUCAGGCUAAAGAGGAAACCAAGGAUGCAAAGAAAGCCAAUUAAUCCCCCCCCCCCAAAAUGGGAUAAUUGAAAAUCCCCAUCAAGAUGAACAUCGCAGAACAAUGUCAAAGAGGUAAAAAAAAAUCAUUUCGACCAAAAAGUAGAGUUGCUCCACAUCGCAUGAACUUUUUAAAAUACAUCAUUUUCUAGUCAGUGAAAUUUUUACACAAAAAAAACUUGACGAACUCUUGCCCUCAAUAUAUUUAGGGUGUGCAGUUAAAAAUUAAUGUGGGUGAUUUUUAAGUGCACAAGAAAAUAUAUUGAAUUGUAUUUUUAAUUUUUAAAAACAAAUUGGACAAUGAUAAGCCAAAAUGAAAAUAUUGGUGAUUUGUAAAAGAUGUCAAGAAAUAAAGAUCGUUGGAAGGGUCAAGAAAAA